CAUCAUUCACAGUCAUGCAAUGUCUUAACAACACACAACAACACACUAGAGCACUACAGCAGCUCACCACGAUAUAGCCCACUCUCGUGCUAUUGCUCCCUUUCACAGAAAAAACACUCUCAAAUCCUCUCUCUAUCGUCCUCUCCUUUUCAAGGUUGAUCCCCCUCUUAUAUCUCACACCAGAACGCACUCCCAGCUCCUCAACUCCUCCCUUUCUAGAAUCCCACAACCACCACUGCCACCGCCACCUCAAGGAGCAAGCACCAUGCUUCUUUUCCUUCUCCUUUCCUUCGUCUUCUUUCCCUCCCCUUCCCUUUCUCUAAACCAAGAAGGCCUUUACCUCCAACAAAUCAAGCUCUCUCUUUCAGACCCAGACUCAGCUCUCUCUUCAUGGUCAGGCCGAGACACCACCCCUUGCUCAUGGUUCGGCAUCCAAUGUGACCCGACAACAAACUCUGUGACUUCCAUAGACUUAUCCAACACCAACAUAGCUGGUCCUUUCCCUUCCCUCCUUUGCCGUCUCCAAAACCUUACUUUCCUUUCCGUCUUCAACAACUACAUCAACGCCACUCUCCCUUCAGAUAUCUCCACGUGUCGGAAUCUCCAACACCUUGAUCUUUCUCAAAAUCUACUUACGGGUACCCUCCCCCACACCUUAGCUGACCUCCCUAACCUCAGAUACCUUGACCUUACCGGAAACAACUUCUCAGGAGACAUUCCCGAUACUUUCGCUCGUUUUCAAAAACUCGAGGUCAUUUCUCUCGUUUAUAAUCUCUUCGACGGUAUAAUACCACCUUUUUUAGGCAACAUUAGCACCCUCAAAGUGCUCAAUUUGUCGUACAACCCGUUCACACCGGGUCGGAUCCCUCCCGAAUUGGGUAACUUGACAAACCUGGAGAUUUUGUGGCUCACUGCGUGUAAUUUAAUUGGCGAAAUCCCUGACUCACUGUCUCGACUCAAGAAACUCACCGAUUUAGACCUUGCAUUCAACAGCCUUGUCGGUUCCAUCCCAAGCUCACUCACUGAGCUGACCAGCAUAGUCCAAAUCGAACUCUACAACAACUCGUUGACUGGUGAGUUGCCUCGGGGGAUGGGGAAGCUUACUGAUUUAAAGCGACUCGACGCGUCAAUGAACCAGUUGACCGGGUCGAUUCCAGACGAGCUGUGUCGUUUACCGUUAGAGAGUCUCAAUCUCUACGAGAAUGGCUUUACAGGGAGUUUGCCUCCAAGCAUAGCUGACUCACCGAACUUAUACGAACUCAGGCUGUUUCGAAACGGACUCACUGGAGAGUUGCCUCAAAAUCUUGGCAAAAAUUCGGCAUUGAUAUGGCUAGACGUGUCCAACAACCACUUUUCCGGUCAAAUCCCGGCAAGUUUAUGUGAAAAUGGCGAGUUAGAGGAGAUUUUGAUGAUAUAUAACUCGUUUUCAGGUCAAAUACCGGAAAGUUUGAGUCAAUGCUGGAGUCUGACCCGGGUCCGGCUGGGCUAUAACCGGUUAUCCGGGGAAGUGCCAACUGGGCUUUGGGGGUUGCCUCAUGUUUCGUUGUUUGAUCUUGUUAAUAAUUCAUUAUCGGGUCCGAUUUCGAAAACAAUUGCAGGUGCUGCAAAUUUGUCUAUGUUGAUUAUUGACAGGAAUAACUUUGAUGGGAACUUACCGGAGGAAAUCGGGUUUUUGGCUAAUCUCUCUGAGUUUUCGGGUAGUGAAAAUAGGUUUAGUGGAUCGUUGCCUGGGAGUAUAGUGAAUUUGAAAGAGCUAGGAAGUUUGGAUCUUCAUGGGAAUGCCCUAUCGGGUGAGCUACCAGAUGGGGUUAAUUCAUGGAAGAAAAUGAAUGAGCUAAACUUGGCUAAUAAUGCUCUUUCUGGGAAGAUUCCGGAUGGAAUUGGAGGAAUGUCUGUGCUUAAUUAUCUUGAUUUGUCGAAUAAUAGGUUUUCGGGGAAAAUUCCAAUCGGUUUGCAGAAUCUGAAAUUAAAUCAGCUUAAUUUAUCAAAUAAUCGGUUGUCAGGAGAGAUUCCACCCUUAUUUGCAAAGGAGAUGUACAAGAGUAGUUUUAUUGGGAAUCCUGGUUUGUGUGGUGAUAUUGAGGGAUUGUGUGAUGGGAGGGGUGGUGGGAGAGGUAGAGGUUACGCUUGGUUGAUGAGGUCUAUUUUCGUACUAGCUGUGUUGGUUCUGAUUGUUGGUGUGGUUUGGUUUUAUUUCAAGUACAGAAAUUUCAAGAAAGCAAGAGCUGUUGAGAAGUCAAAAUGGACGUUGAUCUCGUUUCAUAAACUGGGUUUUAGUGAGUAUGAGAUCUUGGAUUGUCUUGAUGAGGAUAAUGUUAUAGGGAGUGGAUUGUCGGGGAAAGUUUACAAGGUUGUGCUUAGCAACGGCGAGGCUGUCGCAGUGAAGAAGAUCUGGGGAGGAGUGAAAAAGCAGAGCGAUGAUGUUGAUGUUGAGAAAGGUCAGGCGAUUCAAGAUGAUGGUUUUGAUGCAGAGGUUGCUACUUUGGGUAAGAUUAGGCACAAGAACAUUGUUAAGCUAUGGUGUUGCUGUACCAAUAAAGACUACAAGCUUUUGGUGUAUGAAUACAUGCCUAAUGGUAGCUUGGGUGACUUGUUGCAUAGUAGCAAGGGAGGUUUGUUGGAUUGGCCAACAAGGUACAAGAUUGUUGUUGAUGCAGCUGAGGGACUUUCUUAUUUGCAUCAUGAUUGUGUUCCUCCCAUUGUUCAUAGAGAUGUGAAGUCCAACAAUAUAUUACUGGAUGGUGAUUUUGGAGCUCGGGUAGCUGAUUUUGGUGUAGCCAAGGUGGUUGAUUCAACCGGAAAGCCUAAAUCCAUGUCAGUCAUUGCAGGGUCCUGUGGUUACAUUGCUCCAGAGUAUGCAUACACCCUUCGAGUGAACGAGAAGAGUGACAUCUACAGCUUUGGUGUGGUUAUUCUCGAGUUGGUAACUGGCAAACGCCCUGUUGAUCCAGAGUACGGAGAAAAGGACUUAGUCAAGUGGGUAUGCACCACUUUAGAUCAGAAAGGAGUGGACCAUGUUAUUGACCCAAAACUUGAUUCUUGUUUCAAGGAAGAGAUAUGCAAAGUCCUCAACAUCGGCAUCCUCUGCACCAGUCCCCUUCCCAUUAACCGCCCAUCGAUGAGGAGGGUGGUAAAAAUGCUGCAAGAAAUUGGGGCAGAGAAUCUGUCCAAGAUUGCUAAAAAGGAUGGCAAGUUGACGCCUUAUUACUAUGAAGAUACCUCAGAUCAUGGGAGUGUAGCUUGAGUAAACAGUCAAAAGUUUUGCUGCCAACAUGGAUAUGGAAGGAGCACAUAAUUAUAAGCUCCAGUUUUCUUGUUUGUUGGGCUAAAUUCCCAGUUUUUACCUCCACUUUGGUGUUCUCCUUGCUAAAGGAGGAGGAAAGAUAGUUGGAAGGUUAAUUUAUGGAGAGAAGGAGAAAGGUAAAAGAAAAGUGUUGUUAAGGUAACCAAGGGUGUUGGUAAUGGUAUUGUACACUGUAAAGAGUCAUUAAAUGCAAUGAAAAUCCCCUUCUACCAAA